CGUAGAAAUUUCAUGUGUAGAAAUUAAAACCCGGAAGGGGACUAUCAACCAGCCAGCAUCCAUAUAAAAUCAGCAACAUCCUCAACUUUAUUUUUCAUCGGUGCAAAGUUGCAUAUUCAAGGCUUCUAUUUUGAUUCAAAUCUGCACCCAUUUCUUUGCAAGAUGGUGUUACGAUUGUUCUACACAUCAGUGACGUCCACUACCGGGCUUCAAAAAAAACAAGAGCACAUCAAGCAGGUACUCUCCAGUCAGAAAUUUGAAUAUGAUAUGAUCGACAUUUGUGACCCAGAAAAUGAAGAAGAAAAGAAAUUCAUGCGAGCAAAUGCAAAGAUUUCAAAGCCAGGCAGUGUUCCCCUUCCUCCUCAGAUAUUUAAUGAUGACACAUACUGUGGGGACUAUGAAGAUUUCUAUAAUGCAGUAGAAGAUAAUACUUUAAAGGUGAUGCUGAAGCUGGAGGAUCAUGUGUCACAAGCUACAAUCACUCUCUCGGAUGAUGAAGAGGAAAAGAAAGACGAGGAAAAAACUCCCUUAAUAGAGGAUGUUGCUAAACAGGAUGAGGAGGCAGAAAAGACUGAAGAGGGAGAAAAAACUGAGGGCACAGAUGGUGAGAAACCAACUGAGGCUUCAGAGGAAAGUUCAGAGGUCAAGGCUGAAGGCAGUUCAGAGGACAAAGCUGAAGACAGUUCAGAGGUCAAGGCUGAAGACAGUUCAGAGACUAAGGCAGAAGACAGCUCAGAGGCAAAGGAUGAGGCUGUCACCGAGGAAACAAGUGACGAGGCCAAACCAGCUAAGGAGGAGGAGAAAGCCGUCGAGGAGACUGAUAAAACAGAUGCAGAUUCUGAAGAAAAAACAGAUGAGAAAGUCGAUGAUAAAGAAACUAAGGAUGAAACAGUAAAAGAAAAUGAUAAUGCUGAGGAAGAAUCUGAUAAAUCUACUGAACAAGUAUCUGAACCAGUUACUGAACAAGUAUCUGAACAAGACAUUGAUAAAGGUGAUGAUGAUAAAUCCGAGGAUAAAUCAGAUGAUAAAGUAAAUGUAGAAACAUCGGAUGAGACUGAUAAGAAAGAAGAGGAUGUGGUAAAUGAUAAAAAGGAGGAAGGAGACGAUAGCACAUCUAAGUCCGAUGAGGAACCUGAAGAAAAAGUGAUGAAAGAGGCUACUCCAGAACCUCCAAAGGAACCAACUCCCCCUCCUAAAGAGCCAACACCACCUCCUAAGGAACCAACGCCUCCGCCAAAGGAACCAACACCCCCUCCUAAGGAACCAACACCACCUCCUAAGGAACCAACACCCCCUCCUAAGGAACCAACACCCCCUCCUAAGGAACCAACACCACCUCCUAAGGAACCAACGCCUCCACCAAAGGAACCAACACCCCCUCCAAAAGAACCUACACCUCCGCCUAAACAGCCUUCUCCAGAACCUGUGGUUGACUGGGAACCCGAGGACAAUUCUUUGGAGGCUAGGAGGAAGCGGAGAGCAGCCGAGAGGGCAGCAAAGGCUUCUGCUGCUGGGGAGGAUGCAGAAGAGGAUCCAGCAGAGAGGAGGAGACGGAGAAGAGAGGAACGUGAGAGUGAAGAUACGAGUGGGGAGUCUGCAGCUGAGAGGCGCAGGAGGAGGAGACGAGGCUACGAUGACUAGACAUUGACAAAGGUCAAACCAGAUGAAGAGCAGCAGCAAGUUCAAGAGUAAAUAUAUAGAUGUGUAUGGCCAACAGAUCCCUUUGCCUUUCCAUGUCUCCAUGUUACGCAAUCCCUGCCAGAGAUGGACUCUCAGAUUCCGUAGACUAGAUCCAAUAGGCUACAAAUGGAGAUGGACAAAAUGGCUGCACCAUGGUCACUGAACCAGAAAGGCACUGAAAAUAAGCUGCUUACCAAGCAUGUUUUAGAUGUUCAUUGGCUCUCCAGUGAUAUUUAGCUGUUAGGCAAUUUUGCAGAAUUUUUCCAAUGCAUUUUUAAACUGUCUUGUUUAUCAUGCUGUACUAUAUUAAUGUUCAAAUAAAUAUUUUUGGAGAAUGUGGACAGGGAUUGUUUAAAGGCCAUAAUACACCAAGCAACUUGUGUUCAUCUUUCAAGAGUUUAGAGAAGAAUUAAUAUCUUUUGCAUUCAAGUAUCGAGAGCUGAUUUGUUUACUUGUUGACCUAACCAGCCUUUUAACCACUAGAUAUAUAUAUUUGCAUCUGAGGUACAACAAAUUUCAAUAAUAAGGUUUUGUGUAUUUCCUUAGUUUUCAAUUAUGUUUAUAUCAUGCUGUACCUGAUUGUUAUUGUAAGAGAUUAGCCAUAUUUGAAUGCACAUGGAUUGUUUGUUGAGUGUGUUUUGCCACCAAAUGAUUUCUGAUAGGUUGAUAUAUGUUUGGUUUUUCACAUGAUUAUUGAAGGAGUAAAAGAAAAUUAAAAAUAGGUUUCAUAUUUGUAAUCUGAAAUUGUUUAUAUAUAUAUAUAUAUAUAUUGCUCAAAAAAGUUCAGCUUUUCUUCUGGGCACUUGAUUUGCCAAAGGGUUUGGUACAAUUUGAUAAUCUCUAUAAAUAGUACUAGCCUCGUUGAUGAAGCUUGUAACUGGUGCUCUCAUUUCAGAUUUUUUUUUAAAUUCUAUUUUAUUUAAUCAUAAGUGCAUACAAUUCAAUUAUAUUUUUAAAGUUAAUUACCUAAGUAUCAUUUUUGGUGUAAAAUGACACAGAAAUAUGUCUUGAUUAAACAAAAUGCUUGUGACCACAUAAUACAAAACACUACCACCAUUCUAAGUAAUUUUUAUCCCUAAUUAUCUCCCUUGAAAGAACUCUCCAGUCAUGCAUAAAAAACUUUCAUUUUGCAAUAUUUAAUUUGUACUUUGUAAACAUUUGUUUAUUAAUGUUUUACCUAUGUUUGAUCUAUACCGCUGUCUAUAAUUAGUACAUAAUAUACUAUGUAAAUGAGUACUGCUAUCUCACAUGACAUUUUAUUUAUUUUUGAAUUGUUUUGUUAACCCUAUACUGUGUAUCCCUAAUGGUCUGUUGAUUUUUCAUUCCAUGUAUCAUUUCAAUGAUGUAAAAUAUUUCUGGAGUGUGAAAUAUUCAAUAGAUUACGAGCAUUGUAGCAAGAUUAGAAUUGUAUUAUCUCAUUAUAAUGAAUGUUUGAUAAAAUUUUGAUUGAUCAAGCUUUGCUGUUAUGCAUGUAAGUUUAAUGUUCUGUAGUGCUUUUGUCAUGUGCUGCUAUCUUCUCAGAUAAUGUAUGUGUGUAGUCUGAAGUAUUUUUGGUUAAAAGUACACUUGAAAAAUUACCAUGAUAAAUAAUGUUACAAUGUGAUUAAAUCCAGGAAAAAAGAAAAGAAAAAGAUUUUUUUUUUCUGAUAUCGAUAAUAGCUUGCCAGAUCCUUAUUACCACAAAAUUUAAAUGUAGUCUAUACAAACAUGAAUAUGUAAUCAAUAUUAAAAAUUAUGAAUAUGUAUAGAAUUAUGUAGUUAGUAUAAACAAUAAUAUUAAUAUUAUUGAUAUGCAAUUUUCUUCUUUAAAUGACAAGGCGAAUGAAUAAAACAUUACCAGGUACAUUGUAGUUAAAACUUAGAUUUAUACUAGUCAUAUAUAGUGGUAACAGAAUGUGUCAGGUCAGUCCAUCAUCUAACUCCCAGUAUUAUCACCCUAUAAUUGACGGUACAUCUAUUCAAACAGUAUCUGCACUAAUUGUACAAACUUCUAUAUACAUAUUCAUCAGCUAGAUUUGCAUAUAUAUGCUGCCACAAUGAAAUCAAAGACAGACAUAUCUUUUUAUAUUUCCUGCAAUAUAGACCAUAUACUGCAUUAGCAGUCGUCAAUCAAAAAUUCAAUUUGAUGUCGGGAGUUAUCUCCCUUCUCCCAACAUUGUAUAUUUGUAUUUUUUAUUGGUAUAUUUUUGGCAUUUUGUCCAGAAGCAAGUGAACAAUACUCUUCUGAAACCAAGAAAAAGACUUCAGACUUAAAACCAUAUCAUUCUAGCGAGAUCAGCGGUUUAAAAAGUUUUGAUUGAUGUAUUUUGUUGAUGUUUUAUGUUACCUCUGUCCACUGUAAGUUGAGAUGAACCAGUAAUAGUGCAAUAUCCCUUCUUACUCAUGUUGUGUUACACGUCAUCGUGGCAACCUUCCAACCCAUUGGAAAACUUUUAAGGCCUGCUUUAAUAUUUGUCAGGAAGGGGUCGAUCCUUCUGUCUACAUGUAAGAACAAAUAUACCAGUCUGUCCUUAAUAAAUUUAAGUAAUUUUCUUAGGAAAGAAGUUUCGUUUUUUAAGAACGAGUUGUAGACAUGCUCUGAAUGAGAAAAAAAUAAUUUUGGAAUUGGUAUAAUGAUUUAUAUCUUGCAUUGAUAAAGUCUUCCUGGGUGAAAUUACACACUCUUAUCAAAGGAUGUACAGAAAUUAAAAUGGCUCGUGAUGUAGUUUGUAGUAAAAUUCUGUAGUUUAACCCACCUAGUCAAAAAUACCUGAAUUUUGCAGUAUAGUUUCUGUACAAAGUGAAAGUCGUGUAUUUUGGACUAAGUCCCCACCCAGGUAUAGUUGUAGUGCUGUUUAGAUAGGCUUACUCAGGUCAUAAAAUACAUUCGGUGCUACAUGUAUUUUCUUUUUAUGAUGAUGGUUUCCAAAAUAGCAUUUUACAUAUUUUAUUUGCACUAGUAUGUUGUGAAUCUUUCCUUCCUACUUAACUCUCAUCCUGUUGUGACCCAGGCCAUUGAGAGGACGUUGAACCCCACAAACAAAACCUACCAAACUCUCAUUCUGAAUCCUGUACAUGUAGUCAAUCUUCAGCUUAUCCUCCAUUAGAAAUGAGUACUAAAGGAAUUAUGUAUGAAACCUUUGAUGUUUGUUUUGAUAUUACACCAUAUAGCUGUAUGUGUGGAUUGGGAAUCAUUUCAGUAGAUUUAUUUUGUGAAGCUUUUGUAACCAAAGUUUAGUUUGCUUUAAGGCAGGGAUCAAAACAUAAUUUAGGAAGUUUUUCAAAAAAUAAUUAUCAAUACAAAUCAAUAGUGCUAUGUUUAAGUGUUGAACAGUUAUAAUUCCUUACAAACUUACAACAUUUAUUUUUAACAAAAUUAAAAUUCCUUUACAAUUGUAAUGUGACCAUGGGUAUUAGAUUUAGGUACAAUUGUAAUGUGACCAUGGGUAAUAGUUUUAGGUACAAUUGUAAUGUGACCUUUGGUAUUAGAUUUAGGUACAAUUGUAAUAUGACCUUGGGUAAAAGUUUUAGGAACAAUUGUAAUGUGACCAUUGGUAAUAGUUUUAGACCUGAGAGUGUAAGCUUUGUGAGAACAGAAAUAGGUUCAAAGCAAGACAAUCUUUACUGUGUACAACAUUCCAGGCAGGGAUGAAAUAGAUUUGUUAACAUCUUUACAAAUCAAUUGAUAUCAAUACUAUUGUAGUGAAUAGUCCCAUACCAUCUUUUAAAGGUGGAUCAAACAAACUGUCUCGGAUUAUUUUAUCCUUCUGUCCGAAGUACUACCCUAAUCACUUACAAUUUCUGUUAAAAAAUCUGGAGAAAAAAUAUGUGCACAAAAGCAAAACCUUCUCUGUCUAUCCAUGUACAUACUCUGCUUUUAUUACCGUGGGUCCUUAAUAUCUUCACUAGUAAAAUGUAAAAUAUCCUGGCCUUCAUCAUAUUUCUUGCCUGUGAAAUAAGAUAUUAGAAUCGGUAUUCAGGGUGAUACGAGUGGGAUAUUGUUAAUGCUGUCUCUUUGUCGGCUUGCUUAGUUUUUCAACCCUCUGGUGUGCAAGUACCGUCUACUAGUGGUGAGUGAAUGAUAGGUCAUUGGGUCGGAAAUAUCGAUAAAAAUUGGAAUCUUUUUUCAUUUCAGUCUCCAGCAAUUUUUAACAUGAAUGUGAUAGUAUGAUAUUAACAACCUGGCUGAAUACUUAUACACCAAAAUGCAAAUAUAUAAAGGUUGCUAUUUCAUUUCAUAUAAAUGUAGCUUAUAGUCAGCUUUCCAUCUUGACGAUAUCUGGGACAUUGUGCUCACAGCUGAAAUGAAAAUGUUCUAGUCUUUAGAUGUAUUUCUCCGAGACUUUGAUUCGGUUUUCCCCCUAAAGUCACAAUGACAAUUCGUGUAUUCUUAUUAUUUUAUCAAAUUGAAACAUGCCAACCAGUGUGUAUUGUAUUAAUUAAACAAUGUACCAAA